UUCACCCGAGGUCGAACUAAUCGCUGACAUUUGUGAGCAACUGGAAGCCACUUAAUCGUGGGAGUCAUCGAUUUCGAGUUAGGCCCAAUUAACCACGCCCCCGGACGACCAACUGACGGGUUCACAACGCCCUAAUUGAGAGAUGCUCGCCGUGUACAUGCUAAUCAAGUGGGCGUGCCAAUUGUCCAGUGUGUGUGGCAAUAGUAAAUUAUUAAAUCAUCGACAUCGCCCCGUUCUGGGCUCCACAUUAAUUUGGGUGUAUAUAAAGCGAGCCAACGACUCGGGAAAUUAACAAUUACAACAUGUCGGCUCAGAAGGAUACUCAAAGUGCCAAGGAGCAGGAAAAACUGAAGGCCAUUCCAUUGCAGAGCUUUCUGAAGUAUGCCAAUGCGUUCUACUUAUCGAUUGGAAUGCUGGCCUACGAUCACAAGUACAGUCAAAAGUGGAAGGAGGUCCUGCUGCACUGGACCUUCAUUGCCCAGAUGGUCAAUCUGAACACAGUGCUCGUCUCGGAGCUGAUUUACGUAUUCCUGGCGAUCGGCAAAGGUAGCAAUUUUCUGGAGGCCACCAUGAAUCUGUCGUUCAUUGGAUUUGUCAUCGUUGGUGACCUCAAAAUCUGGUACAUUUCGCGGCAGAGAAAGAGACUCACCCAAGUGGUCAGCCGAUUGGAAGAACUGCAUCCGGAAGGCUUGGCCCAACAAGAACCCUAUAAUAUAGGGUAUCAUCUAAGUGGCUAUAGCCGAUAUAGCAUAUUUUACUUCGGCAUGCACAUGGUGCUGAUCUGGACGUACAACCUCUAUUGGGCCGUUUACUACCUGGUCUGUGAUUUCUGGCUGGGAAUGCGUCAAUUUGAGAGGAUGCUGCCCUACUACUGCUGGGUUCCCUGGGAUUGGAGUACCGGAUAUAGCUACUAUUUCAUGUACAUCUCACAGAAUAUCGGCGGUCAGGCUUGUCUGUCCGGUCAGCUAGCAGCGGACAUGUUAAUGUGCGCCCUGGUCACGCUGGUGGUGAUGCACUUCAUCCGGCUUUCCGCUCACAUCGAGGGUCAUGUUGCGGGUAUUGGCCCAUUCCAGCGCGACUUGGAGUUUCUCCAGGCGACGGUGGCCUAUCACCAGAGCUUGAUCCACCUCUGCCAGGAUAUCAAUGAGAUCUUCGGUGUAUCGCUGCUGUCCAACUUUGUGUCCUCGUCCUUUAUCAUCUGCUUUGUGGGUUUCCAGAUGACCAUCGGCAGCAAGAUCGACAACCUGGUAAUGCUCGUGCUUUUUCUGUUCUGUGCAAUGGUUCAGGUCUUCAUGAUUGCCACCCAUGCUCAGAGGCUUGUUGAUGCGAGUGAGCAGAUUGGCCAAGCGGUCUAUAACCACGACUGGUUCCGUGCUGAUCUGAGGUAUCGUAAAAUGCUGAUCCUGAUUAUUAAGAGAGCCCAACAACCGAGUCGACUCAAGGCCACAAUGUUCCUGAACAUCUCACUGGUCACCGUGUCGGAUCUCUUGCAACUCUCGUACAAAUUCUUCGCCCUUCUGCGCACAAUGUACGUGAAUUAGUUGGCUUUUGUGAUUAUGGCCACAAUUUAAUGGCCAACAUCAUGUGGCAGUGACAUUGUGUGGACAAAAGGAGCAAAUCAUCGCCAGCCAAUAACUUACGCCAUUUGCCGUACAGAGCUGUGGUUUUUAAUUAAAGUAGUAGCUCAAAUGAUUACCGCGAUUCGCGCAGGUCAUGGAACAAAUCGAAGAGCGGUCAACUAACCGCAGUAGAAAUGAUUAAUUAUCGCCAUUUCGUUUGCACAAAGGGCCAGUGCCAGAUGCCAGACAAAUCAUUGCUGCUUUUACAAUUAGCGACUUCCCCGAAACCCUUGCGAUUCACCUGAAUUUCGCACCUUCGAACCAAUUUAAUUAGAGAUCGCCUGAAAACUUAAUUUAAUUGGGCAACGCAGAUCGGCGGCUUAAUAAAGUUCUAGAUUAAUAACU